AUGACGUCCUCCCAACAAAAUUCAGACACGAAACCCUACUACUUUCCCCCACCUGCUGCUGCAGUUCCACCUGCCACUGUAGUUCCACCUGCCACUGUAGUUCCCCCUGCUGCAGUGAUUGCAACUCUCCGAAAUCCUCAGAGAACUCAACGGCCCAAUACAAAUAUUCGAGGCAACAAAGCUCACAAGGCUGGUCCAAGCCACGCAGCAGACAACAGCGAGUUCAACGUUGUUGACGACAUCUGGGAGGAAGAUGAGGACGACCUACUAAUCCCAGUAGAAGCAGCCCACAUAGGCCCCAGCCCAUUCCAGACGCACACAGCUGGGAUCGGAGGUACAUCAUUUUUUUUACCAAGGAUCCAACAUCAGGGAAGCGCAUUUGUGAACCCUGUGCGUGAGGACAUACAGAAAGAAGAUGCCUCAUAUGGUGUCGUCGAAUAUGGUUCGUCAACUGGUACAAGCAUUCUUUGGAGUCAUUUGCUCAAAUUCCACUUACAUGUCUAUAUCAUGGCACUGGAGCAAUUGAACCUGAAAGUGGGGGCCAAAGAGGUCCAGAAUCUCCUUGAUAUGGGAUGGACUCUCACGCAGCUCCAUCAGGAGCUUGACCAGGACCCAGAUAAGCUAGGCGGGUCAGCACUUGCAGAUGACAUACCGGAUUUUACCAUUGAGGAGAUGCACAAGCAACUCGUCAAAUUUAUUGUGGUCGAUGACCAAGAUCUACACGAGUCUGACAUCCCCCAUCGGACAAAACUCCGCGAGUUGAUAGUCGAAACGUGGUACGAAUAUUUUGACAUUUUAAAGCAAGAUAUGGCUAAAGCAGAGGGCAAAAUCUUGUUUACAUCUGACCUCUGGUCAGACGAGAAUCUUCGUCCAUUCUUGGCAUUAACGGCUCACUGGAUCGCCCAGCAAGCAUCAAAGCUUGUUCUCAAAGUCGCCCUUAUAGGCUUUACCCACAUUCUGGGGUCCUCAUGA